CACUGCUAUCAUUCACUUGCACUUCAAGUCCAAAGGAGAAACGACCAUCGAGCACACCACGCUUCCUCCCUCUCCCCAUGCUUGCUCCUCCCACUAUAAAUUGUCGCAGGUACAAACCCUUGUAAACCAAGCCAAGGCGCGCGCACACGCACGCAUGUACCCGAGCUUUAGCUGCCCCUAGCUUGCGCCAUUAGAGUGGCUCGAUCGGCCGUGUAGGUCGAAAUGGGGCGAGGGAGAAGGAGAGGCAUGAGAGCAGUGCCGUUGUUCUUGGUCCUGCUGGUGUUGGUGUUCAUGGCCGUGGCGAGGGUGGCCGCGGCGGAGGGAAGCGACGUUGCAGAAGGUGUCGACGUUGGCGGAGGGGAAGGCGAAGACAAGGCUUUUGAGAAGAGGUUCUUGAAGCUGUGGACGGACGGAGGCGGCGGGGACGGGGAAGAUCACCUCAGAUGUUACGGUGAUGACGAAGAUGAUUAUGGUGAUAUCUAUGACGACGAAAAAGUCAAAGAGAUGACGGAGGAGGAGGAGGAGGGCGAAGAUGGCAUCAUGUUGGGUGCGACGAGAUGCCCGAAUCCGAACAAGAAAAAGAAGAAGAAGAAGAGGAACGUCGUGAAGGUCGACAGCUUCGGCGCCGUGGGGGACGGCUGCGCCGACGACACAGAGGCAUUCGCAAAGGCGUGGGAGAAGGCGUGCUCGCUGAAGGACGCGGUGCUGGUGGUGACCGCCGGCCGGCGCUACAAGGUGGGGCCGAGCAGGUUCAUGGGCCCGUGCAAGGAGAGGCUGGUGGUGCUGAUCCACGGCACCAUCGUGGCGCCGGAGGAGCCGUCGGAGUGGAACCCCAAGAGCCCGCGGCUGUGGCUCCUCUUCGGCGGGCUCGUCGGCGCGCGCAUCCAAGGCGGGGGCGUCAUCGACGGCUCCGGCUCCAAAUGGUGGGCCAACUCCUGCAAGGUGGACCGGUCGAAGCCGUGCAAGGGCGCGCCGACGGCGGUGACCAUCGACUCGUGCCGGGGUGUGCGGGUGCGCGGCCUGACCAUCCAGAACGCGCAACAGAUGCACCUGACGGUGUCGCGGUCGCGCGGGGUGCGUCUGGACGGGAUGGCCAUCCAGGCGCCGGGGGACAGCCCCAACACCGACGGCAUCCACGUGGCCGAGUCCACCGCGGUGACCAUCACGGGCGCCCGCAUCGGCACCGGCGACGACUGCGUGUCCAUCUCCAACGCCAGCUUCGCCGUGAAGAUGAAGGGCAUCGUGUGCGACCCGGGCCACGGCAUCAGCAUCGGCAGCCUGGGGCAGGGCGGCUCCUUCGCCGCUGUGGAGGGGGUGACCCUCGACGACGCCCGCAUCGCCCGCGCCCAGAACGGCGUCCGGAUCAAGACGUGGCAGGGCGGCGCCGGCUACGUGCGCAACGUCCGCUUCUCCAACGUGCUGGUGGAGGCCGUCGACCACCCCAUCAUCAUCGACCAGUUCUACUGCGACUCCAGGACGCCGUGCGCAAACCAGACCACCAACGUGGCCGUCAGCAACGUCAUGUACCGGAACAUCUCCGGCACCUCCACGCGGGACGAGGCCAUCAAGUUCGCCUGCAGCGACGCCGUGCCCUGCAGCGACAUCGUGCUCAGCAACGUCAACCUGCUCGGGGACGACGGCGCCGAGGUGCAGGCCGUGUGCAACUGCGCCAUGGGGCUGGGCUACGACCCCGUCCGCCCCGCCGUCGACUGCCUCAGGAACAACGCGUGCGGCAGCGGCGGCGGAGGGCUGAAGCUAGGCGCGGAGGAGCCGUCGACGACGGUCGCGCCGCUGCACACCGAGCUGUGAAAAAUCAUGGGAUUGACACGUAGGGAUUGUGUUAACCUACGUGUCGGAUAUGCCCUUAAAUUUUCACCAAGCUGUUACGUGCUGCAAUUAAUUAACUAGGUUUUUUGUUUGUGUCCAUCUAUCGUCAUGUGUAUCGAUAACUGGGUCCGUCUAUGUUACAUCUAGAUGUGAGAUAAUAUCUCACAUCUAAGUAUGAUGUCAACGGCACCUCCUCAUUGAUUAUCAGUGUGUCCGAUUUUGAUUUGUCAUAAAGCCUGAAACAGACGAAACGCUCACGUCCGCCUCGGUGGGCUGGCCCCUAGCGUGUACUAGCAGGAGGCUAGCUUUUUACGGUGAGCUUCAGCCAGCCGAAGAUUCCUUCU